ACUUCUCUCUCUUUCUCUUUUGAUAAGGCCCCUGGCAUUGCUUUUAGGGCUAAAGUUUGUACACAUUGGCCCGUGAUAUGAUUGGCAGAGGCGAAAGGCCCUGGCCCACCCAGUACCCAGUAACCCAUCAACUCCAAGCUCAACCCAGUUACCAGUUGGCACUAAUUUUGCCACGUGGAAAAGUAACUGGCUAACUACUGGAAGAAACUGAGCAAGGAACCCAUCAUUCUCCCUUCUGUUUUCAGUUGAAUUCUGGGAUGUGGAAGCGUUCUGGACUCCGAUCUCUGCUCAACUUCACUCAUGUAAUCUGAUAUGAUCCAAAGAAUGGCAGACCGCAGAACCUAUCAACCCACAUGCCCGUUUUGUUAAAAUUCAACCAACCCAACUGUAACUGUCAUUGCAGUUGUUGAACUGUGAUUCAGUCACGCUUGGGUCAACGUUAUAGGACCCUUUACUACCUUUCUUUCUCCUUCUCGCCAUUUCUUUAUCAACUUUACUCCAACUACGUCUGGAUGGAUUGGAUUUGAAGAACCCAUCAAAGCCUCAUCUUCCUCUCCUGAAACUCAACAAACGUGAGAAAAACUUCAUAAUUAGAAACGCUCUCCUAGAAAUCUUCUUAUAAAAUCUCUUGGUUUCUGCCAUUCUUUCUUUAUUUCCUUCUUUUUUCAGACUUUUCUGUCAUGCUUUGUUGGGUAGGCUCGUGGCGUUCACGUUCACUCUCACCCCAUAAUGGAAAAUAGAUGUUAUAAGGGGUUUUGUUUUGAUUAGAUUAUUGUUACAGAAUUGAAGUUUAUUUAUUUGUAUUUGUUAAUUCAUGGCGGAGAAAACACCAGUUUCAGCUUUUAGUUAAGGACUUCCCUGAAACCUACUUUAGUUCUUCUAGCUUUUUCUUUAUUCUCUACAAUCUUUUUUACUUUUCUUUUUUUUUUCCUUUUUCCCGUUUUUUCUUUAUCUUUAAUUCCUGUAGGUGUUCAGGCAUGGGAAUUGAAGAUCAGGAUCCGAAAUUUUGAUUUUUUUUUUUGUCUCAGUAAAUUCGGUUGAAAUUGAUUUCUAAAGGGGGUUUUACCUUGGAUUCUGGGGAAGAAGAGGUUCUGGUAAUGCAAUUGAAGAACCAAGUUGUUUUAGAAGAAACCCAGUUCGAAUUUAAGCAUUUUUUUUUUUUUGCAAUUUACUGUUAAAUUUAGCAAUGGUGGGGUUGUGUGGGAUCUUUCUCCAGUCCUAUAAUUCUUUUCCACUGUAGUUCAUCUUUUGGGUACGACAGCAUGGAGUUGAAGAAGGAGAAGCUUGUGAGGUUUUAUCCUGAUGGAAAACAACAACUUCCCGAAUUCGUAUGGGAAAAAGGCGAUUCCCAGCGCCUUGAAAAGCCAUCUCCAGUUUACAAGGUUUCAGCUCCUUUCCUGAAAUCGGAUGGGGGAGGUGGAGGUGGGGGCAGGAGUAGAAAUGGAGAGCGUUUGAGUUUAGGGAAGUCUAAAGUCUUUCCAGAAGACCAUGAACCAUGGAGGAAGAGGAUACUUGAUCCAGGAAGUGAGCAUGUGUUGCAGUGGAACCAUGUUUUUCUUAUCUCCUGCUUGCUGGCAUUAUUUGUCGAUCCAUUAUAUUUCUACUUGCCUUCAGUAGGAGGCGAUGAUAUUAAUAGAUCAUCAUGUAUAAAGACGGAUUUGAAUCUUAGCAUUGUUGUGACCUGUUUCAGAACUAUAGCCGAUCUGUUCUAUCUUCUGCAUAUGAUCAUCAAGUUCCGGACGGCAUAUGUGGCUCCUAGCUCACGGGUAUUUGGGAGGGGUGAGCUUGUCAUGGAUUCUAAGAAGAUUGCAAGGAGGUAUUUAAGAUCAGAUUUCUUCGUAGAUCUCGCAGCGACUUUGCCCCUUCCUCAGAUGGUCAUCUGGUUUAUAAUACCGGCAAUUAGAAGCUCCCAUGCUGAACAUAACAACAAUGCUCUUGCACUGAUUGUGCUGAUUCAAUAUGUACCCAGAUUAUACCUAAUUUUCCCUUUAAGUUCUGAAAUCAUUAAAGCUACUGGAGUUGUCACAAAGACUGCUUGGGCAGGAGCUGCAUAUAAUCUGCUACUGUACAUGUUAGCUAGUCAUGUUUUAGGGGCAUCAUGGUAUUUACUGUCAAUUGAACGGCAUGCAACAUGUUGGAAAUCAGAAUGCAAACGAGAAAGCGGUCCUCCAAAAUGUCUCCUUGAUUAUAUAAACUGUGGUUCUUUAGGCGAUAGCAAUCGGAAAUCUUGGGCAAACAUUACAGAGGUGUUCAGUAACUGUGAUCCUGCAAAAGACAUCAGUUUCAAUCAUGGUAUAUUUGGAAAGGCAGUGACUAAUAAUGUUGUUUCCUCAAAGUUCUUGGAGAAAUACUUCUAUUGUUUGUGGUGGGGUUUGCAAAACCUAAGUUCAUAUGGGCAGAAUUUGCAAACAAGCACAUAUAUUGGCGAAACUUUAUUUGCGAUACUCAUUGCCAUUCUGGGCCUGGUUUUAUUUGCCCAUCUGAUUGGGAACAUGCAGACCUACUUGCAAUCUCUCACUGUGAGGCUUGAGGAAUGGAGACUUAAACGAAGGGACACUGAAGAAUGGAUGAGACAUCGCCAACUCCCUCAAGAUUUGCAAGAACGUGUGCGGAGAUUUGUUCAAUACAAGUGGCUUGCAACGCGAGGAGUAGAUGAAGAAGCUAUCUUGCAUGCCUUGCCUACAGAUCUCCGUCGAGAUAUCCAACGACACCUAUGUUUGGACCUUGUUCGACGUGUCCCAUUUUUUUCACAGAUGGAUGACCAGCUACUUGAUGCCAUAUGUGAGCGCCUGGUGUCUUCUUUGAGCACUGAAGGCACCUAUAUUGUCCGUGAAGGUGACCCUGUUACAGAGAUGCUUUUUGUUAUCAGAGGGAGACUAGAGAGCUCUACCACAAAUGGUGGCAGGACUGGUUUCUUCAAUUCAAUUACUUUGAGACCAGGUGAUUUUUGUGGGGAGGAACUGCUUGCAUGGGCAUUGCUUCCAAAAUCCAGUGUGAACUUGCCCUCUUCUACAAGGACAGUCAGAGCCCUUGUUGAAGUAGAAGCAUUUGCAUUGCGAGCAGAAGAUCUAAAGUUUGUAGCCAACCAGUUCAGACGCCUCCACAGUAAGAAGCUGCAGCAUACGUUCCGUUUCUACUCUCAUCAUUGGAGAACUUGGGCAGCUUGCUUCAUACAGGCUGCAUGGCGUCGAUACAAGAAGAGGAUGAUGGCAAAGGACCUUGCCAUGCAGGAAUCAUUUUCCUAUCCUGCAGAUGAGCAUGCACCUGAUGAGGCAAGGCAAGAGGAAGAGGAAAGUGUGGCUAGCUCAGGAAACCCUUCUCAAAUUAAGCAAAACCUAGGAGUCACAAUAUUAGCUUCAAGGUUUGCUGCAAACACAAGGAGGAGGGGAGCUCAAAAGGUAAAAGCUGUUGAGAUGCCCAAGUUACAGAAGCCAGAAGAGCCUGAUUUUUCUACCGAGGUAGAUUAUGAUGAAUAACCCUGCAAGAGGCACAUGAUAAUAGUUGCUGAGGUGACAUGCUUUCACUAUUCCAUGAUCAGAGCUAAUACCCCAAAAGUUUACAAAUGGGGGAAAGGUAGCACACAUUUCAAUUGUAAUACUAGGGCACAACAAGACAUCCAGUUGUAUUGUUCCCCAGUUUACAUGGAAGAGAAUACUUCAUUGCCAAUGGGUAAAGGAAUUUGUGAUAUAUAUGUAAUGUUGGGUACAUCAUGCCAUUUGUAGUAUUUGUCUAGCUCAUCCAAGUCAUGGGUUUUACAAGAGGGGUCCCCAUUGAAAUCCUAGCCCCCGAUAUCAGAGUACAUGGCACUUUAUGAUGACUGCGUUAUUGACUUGUUGAUGUGGUUUAUACUUUAUGUUGAUAAUUCAUUCAUGACCUUGUUUCUCGUUGACUUGAUGGUUAUGACAGUCCCAAGUAAGCACUGCGUAUUAACUUGUUUUGCGUCAUCAUUGUCUUGAGAUGGAUUUCCAGGGAACUAAAUGCUACCCAGUAAGGUGAAGGUGAGAAAAUCCAUCUUUUGAGAGCAGAGAUGUAUUGUGUGUCGUGACUGUCGUCCUCCUCAAGUAUGGAAGUUCUCUAUUUCUAAUCUUUGUAGUAGCAAUGGGAUGAAUACAUUUUCCUUCUUUCGUUCUCGUUAA